UAAUUAACAAACAAAAAUUGGGAGUUAAGAUUAAGAUAAUCCAUGUAGAACUGCAUGACUGAAUAUACUAAAAUAUUUUGCAUUGCAAACUUCAUAUAACUUAGCUUUGAUUCAACAAAUUAAUUACCAUGGCGGACACGAAUAAUUUAUCUUCCAACACCGUAGAGUUAAUUAAAGAUGUCGACAGAUUUAAUAAAAUUUUAGGUGAUGCAGGAGGGUGAGUUGAAUAAAAACUAAUAAAAAGAUUAAAUAAAUAAUUAAUAAUCGAAUCAUAAUCAUGUCUAUAACUAUACUAUAACUUUGCAUACUAUAAUUAUAAUAAUUAUUAAUUAGAAAUUAGGCUAAAUCAAAAUAAAUAGUAGGCUUUUACUACCUACAAAAUCUCCUUCACUAUAGCAUUUUCAUUUUGUGAGUGGGAAAAUGUCUUUUGUGGAACAAUACAUUAUUUUUAAAAAUUUUAUAAAUACUACUGCAAUUAGGCGCGAGCAUAAAUAUUGCAGAGCUAUAUUUGUUGAAUUCCAUCGUAACUGACGUAACUUUCAGAAAAAUAAUUUUAAUUUAUAUCCUGUAUAAAUGAAAAAGGCCAUUUAAGUGUGCUUAAUUUAAAUAUACAUGAUACAUGUUAAUGGGUCUCAUGUUGGUUGACUGUAAAACAAUAGCAUUUAUAAAUAUAUAGAUUAAGCAUCAUAGAAAAAAAAUACAUUUUGGAAUGGUAACUGAUGUACCAUGAAAAAGACAUAAUAUUUGAGAUAGCAUAUAUUUGUUGAUUUCCUUUGAAAUCUGCUUUAAUUGAAAUAUUUUUUUCAAAAUAAGUAUCUACAGUCUACAGUGUUUACUUUCCAAAGAAAAAUGCGGAAAAAUGUUAAUGACAUAAGACAUCUCAUCUGAAUGCAAACAAUAAAAAAUAAAAUAACAAUUCUUGUACAGAAUUUCAAAUUACUUCACUGUAGCAGUUAUAAUUUACUUAAAUUAACAUAAAUAACAGUGUUUUUAUGCUUGUCCAUCAUAGGACAGUGACCAUGACAAUGAAAAUUGUGAUAUGUAAAUAGUUCUAGUAGUAAUCAAAAGAAAAUUCCAGUAAGAAAAUUUUAAAUGAUGAAUUCCAUGUAAAAGUGGACGCAACAUCCAAGAAUUAAAUUGCAUAAAAUUGGUGCUAUAUGUAAAUAGUUCUAGUAGUAUUAAUUUUUCAGUCACCUGGUUGUUGUUCAUUUUGCUGCAUCAUGGGCAGAGCAAUGUCAGCAAAUGGGGGAAGUAAUUAAUGAACUUUCCAAAGAUCCCAAAUUCUCACAUGUCACUUUUCUCACGGUAAGAUUUUUAACUUAAAAUAAUAGAUUUUGAAAAUUUGUAAACUAUUAAUCUCCUAAAAGUUUACAUAGUUUCGUUAAAUCAUGCACGCCUUUCAAUACUUUCAUGAAUAAUUAAUCAAGAAGUCUAAACCGGUUCAAACUUUAAAAAACUGAAAAGAUUUUUAGAAAAAAAACAACACUUUUUCCUUCUAUUUUUAGGUAGAUGCUGAGAGUUUGGCUGAAGUAUCUUACAAAUAUGAAAUUGUGGCUGCACCCACAUUUAUAUUUCUUAAGGUGACAUCACUUGUUUUGUUGGAUAAUUACUUUUGGAUUAAUUGGAUUAAUGAGUAGCUUUAAAUAAAUCUCCUGUCGUAAGUGUAAGGGCUCUUUCAUUGGUUAUCAGUUUUUAUUACUAGACGUGUUUGUGCUGUAUUAAAUUUUUAAUUCCUAAAUAUCUUACAUAAAUCCAUGCUGCUUUCUGAUCUUCAUUUCUUACCUAUGAACCUUGUUAGUUUCACAAUCCAAUAUUUAUGUUUGCUUUAUUUUUAGUCUGGAAAACAAAUUGAUAGAUUAGAUGGGGCUAAUGCUGCAGAACUCACAAUGAAAGUAACAAAGCAUUCAUUUAGCACUGUGGGUGAUCUGAAUAAGCCAUCAGCUAAGCAGGUAAAAAUCUAAAGUGAAUUAUUAUGUCUGUAAUUUUAUAAAUUUAAAAACUCAAGUUUUUUAUAUUGUGUUACAUAACUUAUAUAAUUCAGGAAAUGAAACAAUAUGAAUGAUAUUUUUUUAUAUCGCAUGGUUUUUAUAAUAAAGAUGUGUUAAAUUUUAAUUUCACUGAACACAAAUCUUUUUGCAGGACCUCAAUGAGAGAUUAAAAAAGCUAAUCAAUUCUGCACCUGUAAUGCUGUUUAUGAAAGGAUCCCCAGAGGCACCUAAAUGUGGUUUGUAAAAUUUUAAUUUUUUUGUUUUCAGGAUUUCAAGUGAGAGAUCAGAAUCUUAUAUUGGUUUGUUUUAUGGGACCAUUUUCAGCUUCCAUUAAAGGUACAAGAGACAAUAUAGUUUGUUCUUUAACUUUUAAUUAAUGAUGCUUAUGUCCCACCCAAGUGGUUCCCAACCUGUGCUCUAAGAAGCCCCAGGACCUAGAGAGCAGUAAGAAUAUUUUCUCAAAUAUAAAGUAUUGAAUAUUAAAGGCUCAUUAAGUACACUUUAUACCCAAUCUUUCAGCAUUGGAAUUAUAUUGAAAAGAAAAAUUAUUAUUACAGUUUCUUUUAUUUUGCUGUUUAAAAAUAACAAGUUUAUGUGUUUUGUGACACUACAGGAUUCAGUCGCCAGAUCACACAAAUUUUAACUGAACAAGGGAUCCAAUAUUCAACCUUCGAUAUUCUAUCUGAUGAUGAUGUUCGUCAAGGUGAGACUUUUUCUAAAAAGUUUUAAAAAACUGUCCACUUCAUUUUUUUAAAAUCUAUUUUCUUAAAACUAUUUGAGAUCAUUUUGGAGUGUAACAAAGGAGUUCUUUUCUUAUUAUUUGGAAUUUUUAGUAAUCUAGUUUUUUUUUUAUAAAUCUGUUAUUCAAAAAUUUUACAGGUCUAAAAUCAUUCUCAAACUGGCCAACUUACCCACAGCUUUAUGUGAAAGGUGAACUUUUGGGAGGACUUGAUAUUGUCAAAGAAAUGGUGGAGUCAGGAGAGCUCAAAGAUAUUGUUCCUAAAACUGAGGAUCUUAAUACACGGUGAGUGCUUCUAAAAGGACUUCAAACAUAUUUAAUUUUAUGAUAAUAAGUGGGGGUUGGGGAGGUGGAGGGGACUGCAGUCAGACUAAGCAGAAGGAAAUAUGUAAAACAAGGUAUAGGAAAACCCAAAAAAGGGCAUAUAAAACAACAAACGUGUCUGUAAGAAGUCUUCUUGGGCAAACACACAGUGAGAAGCACAAAUCUAAAAAUUAAAAUUAAUACCAAGUUGAAAUGAAGUGUACAAGAGGACAGCAAGAGGAAUGCAUUAGACUAUUAGUAGGUAAGAGAGUUUAUAGGCAAUAGGGGAAGGAAGACUUGAAGAGCGGAAAAAUAAGUAUACAGUAUUGGUUGUUAAAAGGAGAGGAUGGAGAAAAGAUUUAACAAGUGUAGGAGAACAUGGCAUGAAAGAGUCUCAUGUCCAUUCCCAUUUACAGGAAGUCAGAUAUGACAGUCAUUAGAAACUUACCAAAUUUUUAGUAAGUUUUAAAUAGAAAUUAAGAAAAAACAAAUUAUCUAAUUAUUUUUUUGUUAGAUUAUAAAAUUUUAGAAAUUAUUCCAAACUAUAUUCUAAUGUUACAUUCAAUUAGUAUUCUAAUAAAAUCUAUUGUUUGCGUCUCCUAAAUAUACCUUACCAGCUCUUAUAAUGAUUUGAAUCUAAUUCUUUGAUGGCAGGUUGAAAAAUCUCAUCAAUCAGUCGCCGGUUGUGCUGUUUAUGAAAGGAACGCAAUCAACUCCUCGAUGUGGCUUCAGUAAAACAAUUGUUGCAAUUCUUGAUGAAGUUGGGUGAGUUUCUGUAUGCUCUCUGUGUUUGGUUUUUCAGCUGAUUUAAAUGUUUACCUCAAAAUCUUUAAUAUUUUGCACCCUUUUAUUGUUGCUUCUUUUCUCAGUGUCCCUUACACAACAUUUGAUAUAUUGAGUGAUGAGGAAGUAAGACAGGGUCUGAAGACAUAUUCCAAUUGGCCAACUUAUCCUCAACUGUAUGUGAAAGGGGAGUUAAUUGGAGGCCUGGAUAUAAUUAAGGUAGGACAUAAUACGGCACAAAAAAUGUUUUGUCAUAACACAUGGCGGACCCGGUUAAUCUUAAAACAUGGCUGACCAGUUAAUCUUAAAACAUGGCUGACCAGUUAAUCUUAAAACAUGGCUGACCAGUUAAUCUUAAAACGUGGCUGACCAGUUAAUCUUAAAACAUGGCUGACCAGUUGGUGCCAUCAAAAGUUUGAGACAAGAACUAAGUAACUGUUGGUUUCACAUAUGAAAAUAGAUAAUUUUGGAAUUAAAAAUUGUAAUAGCUUUAACUCUACUAUGUGGUCAUCCAUAAUUGACAUCAGACAUCUAGGAGAGGAGGCGGGGGUAUGAGUUUGUGACAAAGCAUUAUGAAGGUAUCUAAAUUGUGUGAACAAUUUUUAGACGAUGGGGAGAGCAGAGGUCUGAAAUCUUGCCGAAAUUGCAUGAAGUUGUCAUGAACUGUAUUUAGAAACGUGAUUGUUUUUUUAUAAAAGUUGUUGAUUGUGUGUUGGUAGGAGGUUUUGUGAGGGUGGGUUGUGGUUGGUCGGUUGAUUUAAGGUCCAGUGGGGGAGUUGGACUGUCAUUAUGUUUAGUAUCUUUGUUGUGAGAAAGGUCCCAGUCCAAGUUAGUUAGUGAGAUGAGAGUGGUCUGAGAAUUAGUGAAGAUUUUGUUGAGAACAUUUGGACAACAGCCAUUGGCAGUGAUGAUGAAGAAUUAUUAUGCUUUCAUUUAACGUUGGUUGUUGGUAUUAAUUGUUGGCCAAGCAUGGCUGUGUGGCAGUGAAGUAAGACAAUGGUGCCAGUAGAGGGAACAAGGACUGUAACAUUUGACUCACGGAAUGUCCUGGGAAAAGGUUGUAACAUUUCAAAGCGCAGAACUUCCAUCAGAAAUAAGAUUGUAGCAGGCGUCCUUUUAUGGACGGACCCCUUAAUGAGUUUAGUUAGUGUUUGGUCUUACAGUCAUUUAAAAUAUUUAAAUAGUUUUCAUUUUCAUUACAGAUAACAAUGGAAAAAGAAAUGAUUGAAGAUUAAAAAUAAAUAUUAAAAAAAUUGAAGCAUUAUUUAGUUUACAGUCAUGCAGGGAGAGUGGUUACAAAAAACUUCACUUUAAAUACUUGAUUAAUAUUUCCAAUUUAUUUUUAUUUAUAGAAAUAAUGAAUCAAAGGUAUUACUGUAAACUAAUUAUGUACAGACAGAAAUAAAGUGUUUUCAUUAAUUGCCAAAUAAUAAAGAUUCAAUACAAACAGAACAAAUAAUUUAUGAUAGUAGACAGCUCUCUGAUUUUACAUGCUACAUAAGCAGAUAAAGAGUUAAAUCAUCAACUAUAACAUUUUCUCAUAAGUAAUUUCUAUUAUUUCUUUUAAUUUAAUACAGGAAAUGAAGGACAGUGGAGAAUUAGAGAGCACCCUGAAGGGUCAAUAGAAUGACAAGAAAUUAUGUUACAGAAUGACAGUUACAAGUCCAGUAAUUUUGCUUUAUCUUCAGUUUGCUUUUUCCCUUCUACUAUCAGAAAUUAGCCAAAUAUUUGGAAUUGUAUGAUUUGUUUAUAACCGCCUUGUACAUGUCUGAUUUGUAUCAGAAUAUAUAUUUUUUAAUAUGGCAAUUCAUUGUCACCACUUGAUAAAAAAAAAUCAUAUACCAGUACAGGUAGUUUGUGAAUCGAAAAUAGUACAAUUAAUUAUAAUCAGGUUCAUAAUAUAUUUCUUUUACAAUUAUGUAAUAUUUUAAAAUGACAUAACGGUUUUUUUUUGUUUUUUUUUACAAUUAACAUUCUUUUUUUAUAUGAUGAAUACCUUUAUCAUCAAAAAUUUGUAAAAAUAUUUUUUUGAUUUAGUGCAUGCUUUAUUAGUUGUGAUUUUAUUUUUAAAAAUGCCAAUUGUUGUGUUGAAUAAUUAAACCUAAAAUUUAGAUUAUUUGGCAUCAUUCAGUAUUUCUUGAAUUCAGGCUUGGAAAAUUUCAACAUGAAGUAUGCUGGAAAAGAAUGGAUUAAAGAUUUGUUCUACUCUUCC